AUGCGCGUGCAAGCCACCACAGAGCACUCUCUUGGUACUCUAGUGGACUGCCCCGCGUUUCGCUCGGCCGACUCUCAAUGCCUCUGGGCGGGCGAGAAUGGAGAGGUCGUCGACUCGAAGACCUUGCGCGAUCUGCUCAUUCGGCGCAACCUCGUCUCCUUCAGCGAGCGCGAGAGCCUCACCCGCAACCUACAGGCACACAUGACGUAUAUAGAGGAUGUACACAUGUACGCUAACAGCGUGGGCCACGAUUUUUCGUACCACAUGGGCGUGAACGAGCGCCACUUGACUUCGUCAGCCAGACGCCGUCUCUCUCCUCAGCAGCUCGUGGAUCAAGAGGUCAAGUCGGCAUAUUCACGUCGCCUUAAGGUGGAGGCCAGCGGCAGCACGGCUUCCGCCACAAGCACAGUGUCGAGCUCCGGUAGCUCCGAGUACUGGAACUGGUGUGACUCGGACAACUCGUUCGGCUACAGUGUGUGCUCGUCCGUCAAGAGCCAGCAAAACUGCGGGAGCUGCUGGGCAUUCGCUGCCGCCGACGCCAUUGAGACGGCUGUCGUCAUUGCUGAAAACGCGUCGGCGGCUGUGUCGCUCUCUCCGCAGCAAUUUCUGACGUGCAGUACACUGGAGACGACGCAGACAUUCGAGUAUUGCUGGGCAUCAGACAGCGGUGUGGACGGUGCUAGCUGGAUGGAAACUGAGAUCAAGUGGGAAUCGCAGAAUAACGGGUGCAAUGGUGGUAUGACCCACGGUGCCUUCAUCGACGCGGCACAGAAUGGCUGGAGCCUUGUUACGGAGCUUACGAUGCCAUACGACGACUCCAGCUCAAGUAGUACGUCCUCAAGCAAUGUGUCAUCAGCAUGUUCGGUGAGUGAUAACAAGACGGCUGCCAGCAUUACAGGCUGGGAACAGGUUGUGGGCACAGACUGCACGGCUUCGAACAAUUGCGGCACCUUGCUCCGCACUGCGUUGGAGAAGCAACCGAUUGCUGUAGCGAUUAACUCGGAGGACCCAUUCGGAGAAUAUGCUGGUGGCUUCUACAGUUGCCCGAACGAUGGCGAUCUGUCCUCGAAGGACGACGUAAACCACGCUCUUGUACUUGUAGGCUACGGCACUGACGCUUCGGUUGGAGACUACUGGAUUCUUAAAAACUCGUACGGCAGCUCCUGGGGAGCCAGUGGCUUCAUGAAGCUCGUGGCAGACUCCAAAGUCAACUGCGGUCUGAACAUCUUUCCCGUCAUCCCCACAGGUGCUUCGGCUGGGGCUGCAGCAUCCACCAGCGUAGAUAGUGGUGGUGACAAGGUUUUUGUCGGUCUCAGUCCGUCGACCUGGAUAGUUGUGGCGGCAGUGACGACUAUUUUCACGAUUGUGAUGACAGCCAUUGGCAUGCUCUUCUCGCAGCGGAGACUCAAGGCGAUGCGUAAGCAGAACUCUGCUAUGUAUGCUACCCGCCCCGCAGCGAACGCUGAGAUGGCGGCGCACUAG